UGCAGUGCUCAGGUAUGGACUCUCCAGGAAGUAUGGAUUCCAGAUUUGGGCAGCAGGGGCGCUCAGGUCUCCUUAAGGGUCCAAACACUCUGGAAGGAUGCUCUCUAAGAACAUCCUGGUGUGCUACCAAACAGGAGAACAGAGACCAAGGAGAUGCACUCAGGGAGCAGCUAAAAGAGAUGGAUGAACACAAUGGCAGGCUUCAGAACAUGCUGAGGACUGAACGGGCCAAAAGCUCCUGUCUGCAGCUGCAGUGUCUCCAGCAAGAGGCAGAACUGAGGCGUCAGGAGCUUCACUGCAACAAGCUGAAGGAGAAACUCUCACAGCUGACUGACGGGCAGAAAGGCAAAGGACCAUCCAUAGAGGUGCUGAACGUCCCACCUGGAAGCAGAGGCAAAAGAGAGCAUCUGAGCAAACCGUUCAGGCCAAACGCAAGACAAGAGGAGGCGACGCUGCAUCUGAUGCUGGAGCGCAGGGAGGCAGAGCUGAGAGAGGCCAUGAAGCUGCGCCACAGCCUCACCACCCUCCUGCACGCGCUCAGACUCGACAUGGAGCGGUCUGUGACGGAGCUGAUGGAUGUGGAACAAGAAGGAGAGGGAAGUCUGGUUGAAACUGAGACGUCUCUCGGUGAAGACGUGACCGGAGGAGUCAUUCAGAGCUGGAGGAAGGUCCUGAAGAAACUGCGAGACAUCCUUUCUGAAGGUCGAACUGCUGCUAGCACCGACCACGACAAACUCAUGGCUCAGCUAGAAACUGAGCUGAAAGAAAGUCAGCAGCUUGUCAGAUUACAGCAGCAGCUCCUGCAGGACAGCCUUGUCUCGCCUCUUCCCCUCGAGCUCUCAGACUCCUAUUAUUUGGAAGAAUGGGAACGUCUUCAGAUGUCCUUGGCAGAGCUGAAUCGUCAGAGGAGGACUUUUGAAAGGGAGCGGCAGGCUUUCACUGACGCCGCCAUUCGACUGAGCCGUGAGCGCCACGAUUUGGAGCAACAAAGAGCCUGUUAUGUGAAGCAGCAAUAUUUGUGUGCGUCGUCUCCGUUUGGCCAAGGAGCACAGACCAGCAACGGGGGAGAGAGCUCUGCUUUCGGUUUCUCCAGUGGGAGGCCCACGGACGUGUCUGGCUGUCAUCCCAUCACUCCAUCAUCCACUGAGUCUGGAAAUGAAGGAGGAGCUCGGGUUCAAACCCCCGACACCCCUGAGCUGUACGCUGCCCUCAAUCUGUCUUACAAUCACAGGUCCAGACAUGCUGAGCACCAGUCGGAGAUGUGGGAUGGAGUAGCCGACAAGCGACUGCACACACCUUGGCCUUCCUAUUUAGACUGGUCAUUUUAAUAUAAAUUUGAUGAGAUAUUGACUUUUUUUUUUUUUUUGA